AUGCGGUCCACAUUGCUGUGCGUUUUCUUUACACUAAUUAUACAAAGAAAGGAGGUCCGCCCACAAGCUGAUGACUUCAGACCGACGCCGAUUCCGCUUAACGAAUGGCAUCACGACAGAAGGGACAACCGUGCGGGAACCUUACACGAAACCUUCAGAACGGCUGCGCCCCCCUCGGUAGCCGCAGUGCCCGCCCACUACUGGGAAGAUGCUUUGAGACAUAGCGUAUAUCUAACACUAGUAAGAGACAAAAUCGACCAAUUAAUUGCCAAGGGUGACGUCAUAUCUCCAAAUAGUAAACCGGACGGUUACGAUUCGAAAGAGAUCGAUGAUCACGAUUUGUGGGAUAAAAUUAAAUCUGCACCUUUUGAUAGAAUAAAAGAAGAAGAACCGGCUUCAUUCGGAGACGUCACAAUUAUGGCAAAAGGCCGCCUCCUAGAGCGCAACGGAGGGUUCCUCUUUGCUGAAGAUGAAAGGACCAAAGAAAAAUGCAGUCACGACGAUUGCAUGCAUGGUGUUAAAGCAUUUUGGUCCGUGAAACGUGUACGACAAAGAGAUCAAGAAAUAUCUCCAGGAAAAUAUCAUUAUGAGUUAACAUUCUCUGUAAUAUCACAAACACCUAAAAAACAAAGGAAACCUUAUGAAAAUCCCAUUAGGACAUUCACUGUUAAGGAAAGCUCUCCAGAAGCAAUUUUUGACAAACCUCAAGAGUACCGUAGAUUUCCACCAGUUCAAGUCCAUGUUCCAAGGCCAGAACGAGCACUUUGGGUUCACAAGAAUAUAGCACCAUCUAAAUUUGUGGGUAGAAAACAGUAUGCUUCAGGCUUAGAUAGAAUAUUUUCGUCGUUAUUUUCAGAUGAUGAUGACCAAUCAUACGAAUCUCCACCGAUAAAGUAUAAACAAAGUCCAUAUCCUCCUCCGUCUGGAUCACAAUAUUCAAAAAUUGGGCAUGUGGGAAUACCUGUUGAUCAUCACCAACAAAUUCCCUAUCCAUAUAGGCCACCACCUGCUAAACAUACUCGUCCACCACUUCAAGCACCGCCAAUAAAUCCGAAUCAAUAUCAAUUUCAAGAUAUUGGUUCUAUAACUACGUCAAACAGUGUACCAUACAGUCAAUAUUCGUAUGACCAUAGACUUGAAUCCAGCCAAACAGUAAAGACAACGCGUCCAGCAGUUCUGCCUACACCAUUGCCACCAAUAUUGCCUAAUGAUCAAUCUGUCGAAAGUAUGAAUCCUAUGUCUAUGGAAAACGCAAAUAACACAUUUAGACCUGAUGUUCUCAAAUUCCACAAAACUUAUAAUAAGUAUAAAAAUACUCCAGUAAAAGUAAAUUACUUCUCAGACCAUGUAAGGCCACCAGUUUACAAUGCACCACCUGGCGUAUUUGUUACAAUGGAUAAAAAACCUUUUAAACCAAUGCCACCUAUGAAACUUGUUCAUUCAAAACAUAAAACAAAUAAACCAAUUGAUUUUAGACCAAGUCCUCAAAUUACGGAUCAAUCUAAUGAUCAAGAUUUUUUCUCAGAGACCGAUUUUAGACCAAUGACAAUCAAUUUUUCCGAUAACGCUUCUUCUGAGAAGAGUGAAUAUACUUAUUCCAGUAAAAAAGCCGAAAACAAGGCUCGAAAACCAUCUGUAAUAAGCAAAAAGCCUCCGAAAAAACACGAUACUCUCAAGUCUCAAAGAAUAACGACAGCCGUGCCAGAUAUAAUAACUGCUCAAUCUACAUCUGAGGAAGACAUUGAAAACUUGGCUUGGGCAAAUAUUUUAGGGUCUUUUACAAAAACGACACCAAUGGAAUCUCAAACACAAAAAAUAUCUACGCUAGAAACAACAUCUCCUAUGACAACAUCCACCACAGUAACACAAACAACUCCAGAGAAAAUAUUAUCAACGACAACAACCGAAGCGGCAAAUGAAACUACGAUAUUGACGACUGUCAAGCCUAGAAGACGUACACGACCUCCACCAAAGAUCGUCAAGCAAGAUAAAAUAAAGAAACAUAAAAGAAUUACGACAACAUCCACGUCCACGACGUCGACUAACGCUCCAGAAAGUACCGUAAGAAGAAGACCAUCCACACUACAUGAUUUAACGCCUCAAGCGAGUUCUACACCAACGGAUACUUCAAAGCCGGCCUCGACUUCAACAUCUUCAAUAACUACCACUACAACAACAACAACUACUACUACUACUAAGCCACCCACAACAAAAACUACUACAAAACAACCCCCUAGUACAACAACCACCGCCAAACCAACUGUUUCAACGACACAAGCAAAAAAUAAAAACCGUUUCCGUCAAUCGACGCUAAUGUUAAAAGGAACUUCAGUCAAACAUGACAGGUGGAGUACAAGUGCAGUGCAGAAAAAUCAAACCACGUCGUCUCCUUCUUCGUCAUUUUUACACAGAAGAAAGGGUUCUAACUUUCAAGGCUAUAUUUCUUCUACAACUCCUAAAUUUAUUGAUGAAGAAAAAGAAAGAGUAAAAGAAAGUCACGCGGACCAUAAGCUAAGUACUUUAAAUUUAGAAACAAAUACUAAAAAUGUCGAAACCGCCACAGAGACCAAUAUUUAUGAGGAUACUGUAGAUCAAUACAAAAAUAAUGAUGUGUUACCAUUAGAGAAAUCGCAACAAAAUCAGGAAAAUGAUGAAGAAGAAUCCAAAGAUCAUUCAGAAUACAUUUUUCAACCCUCUACAACAGCAAGUGACAAGCCGGAAGAGCACACAACACCAAAAACUAAGAGUAAGUGCAAAAAGAAAAAACAAACUACGACAACCACGGAAGAUUCUACUGAUAUAGAUUUGGAGAUAUCUACGUCUACGGCACUUACAGCUACUUAUGCUACCACUGCAAGUUUGAAAGAUACGACAACAACCGAAAGCGAUAUAUUACAGGAUCUUUUUAACUACAGCUUUAGUGACACCGAAAAACAUUCUAAAACCGAAAUGCAACAAGAGGAAAGUUCAAAUCACGAAAGUUAUUUAAAAAUUGACGAUGAUAUUGAAGACUUCCUAGGCGUGAUCCAAGGAACAAACGAACAUAAGGAAUCAGCAGAUGAUGAGUACUCUGACGAUGAUGAAAAUGAUGACGAUGAUGAUGAUGACCACGAGAAUGAUAGUGAAAACGAUCAUGUCAGUGAUGACGAUAGUAGCAGUGAGGAAGAAGACUAUGAAGAUAGCAAAAUACCUUCAAUAGAUGACGAUAUAGAAUUUAAUUCCGAUGAAGACAAAAGAAAAACUUCAAGAGACUUACAUUACAACACCGAUCCUAAAGACCGCCCUUACAGCUUUUUAGAAUUAAUGGCCAUGUCA